AGGCGAAACUCGCGCACGUCGCCCAGAAACUCUCACGUGGUGUGCACCACUCGCGGAAUAGCGAGUGAGGAAGUGCGGUCCACCGGCUCUUCAUGCUCUUCGGGGUGUUCUCCAAGUUUCCCUCCCCCCACGUCGUGCGAAACGAACACGUCGCUAUCGUCGAGGAUCGGUGAAAAGUAUACGAGGAGGAGGUUCCUGUCUGGAGGAAGGAAAUUGAGAGGAAUAGGAGGAACUCGUUGUCCUCGUUGUGGAGAACGUCGAUUUUCUCCCGGGGAGAUUUAGGGGAAGAUCCGAAGUGGUGGACCGCGAGUGGUCGAAGAGCGAUCUCUUAUCGGGGUGAUCAUGAGCAAACCGUGGAAAGGCAUGAAGGAAUUCGUUGGCCUGGAAGAGGUCACCAAGCUCGACUUCCUGGUGAUGCUGUUCGCCGAGAUUCUGGGCACAUUUCUGCUCGUUCUCAUAGGCUGUGCUUCCUGCAUCACGUGGGCAACGUCGCCGAAUGUCUUGCACAUCGCAUUUACCUUCGGCCUCGCAGUGGCAAGUUUGGCGCAGGCUCUAGGUCCGAUUUCUGGCUGUCACGUAAACCCGGCUGUAUCAUUCGGUUUGUUGAUCAGCGGAAAUUGCAGUUUUCUUAAAACUGUUAGUUACGUGAUCUGUCAAUGUUGCGGCGCUAUUGCGGGAUCUGCCGUUCUCAAGCUGUUGAUACCCAAGACUCAGGCCGUUCAUGGUCUGGGUGCUACUAUGUUGGGCGCCGGGGUGACACCAGCGCAGGGUGUAGCAAUGGAGGCAAUCGUUACGUUCCUACUGGUGUUGGUGGUGCACGCCGUCACGGAUCCCAAAAGGACCGACGUAAAGGGUUGGGCCCCGCUUGCGAUCGGCCUGACGAUCGCGGUGGCUCAUAUGGCGGCGGUGCCUGUCACCGGUAGCAGCAUGAAUCCUGCCAGGACUUUGGGUCCAGCCGUGGUGAUCGAAGAGUAUCAAAAUAUUUGGGUUUACUGGGUGGGCCCGCUCAUCGGCGCCUGCUUGGCCGGCGGUAUCUACAGGAUGGGCCUGAGGGCCCAUAGAGAGGACGACGAGGGACGAGGACGCACGCUCUGAUGAUCUGACGACCGCGAGAUGGUUUCACGAUCUUCGUCCGUUGCAUUUAACAAGAUUGUAUUUGCGAAGAAAUACGGUUUACAGAAAUUUUCUGAAUGAAAUUCAGAACACUGCGGAUGAGAAGGUGUCGAAAUUUUAGAUUGAUUUUAAUGCUAGAUUUCAAUCAAAAUAAUUCUGCUUGUAAAUUUAAUAUUUUGUGUGUCUUCAUUAUAUUUUCUCUUGAGAAAUGGUAUUAAUAAUACCAUUUAUAUCUAAUUUCUAUCUAUUUAUAUCUAAUAUCAAAUGCUAUCGUCAAAUUUCAUAUUUUUAAUCUACAGACCUUUUUAACUGACAGUGUUUAAUUAGAAAAAAGAAAUAAAAAAGACGUUGACAUUAUUGUAUAAUCUUGAUAUACAACGUACGAAAAAAUUUUAUAAUAUAUUAUAUAUAUAUAUAUAUUAAUAUUUAAUAUAAUAUUAUCAUUAAAUAUUUUUACGGAAUAAGAGAUGUACGAGCAUAUGAUAUUAUACAAUAAUGCAUAUUAUAUAACCAGAUUGAUAUCCUUCCUCAAAAAAUUCCCUCUUUCACUUUAAGAAAAUGAACCUGAAAAUAUUUUAGAUAUUUUUUUCAGCUAUUGUUCAACUGUUGCAUCAAGUGCAAUAUCAUUAUAAUAUUAUCGUAACUCGAAAUAAUUAUCAAUUGACACCUUCGUUUUAUAAAUCAAUUUUACAUCCAUUAUUUUGUAUAUCGCUAAUUUGAAUUUUGUAUAUAUUGUACUUAAGUUAGCUCACAUAGCGAUAGAUCAAUUAUAUUAUAUUAUUUACCUACAUAAUUUUUAAUGUAAAGUGUAGCAUAAUUUAGCAUUUAAUUAGUUCACAGCACAUCGACAUGGCAACAUUAACAAAUAUACUCUUUCGCCAUCAGGGUUA